AUGCCCAACAGCAGUUCAGUCAGUGAGUUCCUCCUGCUGGCAUUCGCAGACACGCGCGAGCUGCAGCUCCUGCACUUUGCGCUCUUCCUGGGCAUCUACCUGGCUGCCCUCCUGGGCAACGGCCUCAUCCUCACAGCCAUAGCCUGCCACCACCGCCUCCACACCCCCAUGUACUUCUUCCUCCUCAACCUCGCCCUCCUCGACCUGGGCUGCAUCUCCACCACUCUGCCCAAAGCCAUGGCCAAUGCCCUCUGGGACACUAGAGCCAUCUCCUAUCAAGAAUGUGUUGCUCAGGUCUUCUUUUUUGUCUUCUUGGUUGUAGCAGAGUAUUCCCUUCUCACCGUCAUGGCCUACGACCGCUAUGUUGCCAUCUGCAAGCCCCUGCACUACGGGAGCCUCCUGGGCAGCAGAGCUUGUGCCCAGAUGGCAGCAGCUGCCUGGGGCAGUGGCUUUCUGUACAGUGUCCUGCACACGUCCAACACAUUUUCCCUGCCCCUCUGCCAAGGCAAUGCUGUGGACCAGUUCUUCUGUGAAAUCCCCCACAUCCUCAAGCUCUCCUGCUCAAAUACCUACCUCAGGGAAGUUAGGGCUCUUGUUUUUAGUGUUUUUUUGGCCUUUGGUUGUUUUGUUUUCAUUGUGCUGUCCUAUGUGCAGAUUUUCAGGGCAGUGCUGAGGAUGCCCUCUUCUCAGGGCCGGCACAAAGCCUUUUCCACGUGCCUCCCUCACCUGGCUGUGGUCUCUCUGUUUGUCAGUACUGCCAUAUUUGCCUACCUCAAGCCUCCCUCCGUUUCCUCACUGUCCCUGGACCUGGUGGUGUCAUUUCUGUACUCGGUGGUGCCUCCAGUAGUGAACCCCCUCAUCUACAGCAUGAGGAACCAGGAGCUCAAGAAUGCAGUGAGGAAAUUACUGAGCAGAGCAGAUCUGCCUAGCAGUGAGCUUGGGCACGAGAAGAAACUGGAGACAGCUGAGAGCAGAGAAGCCCGACUCUAA